AUGAGGUAAGUGCGCAAGAUUUGAUUAUCAACUAGAUUUCAAUUUCAUAUAUGCUAAAAUCGCAUACAAUGUGUAAUCUUACUUCAAAGUACUGUAUAAUUUGCUCAAAUACAAGUUGAAAUUCCAUACACCAUAAGAUCAACACAUGGGCAAUCUGAAGUUUAAAAAAACAAUGAGGUUUGCUAGAUAUUUUGGCAAACGAAACCGUUCGACCGCUAGGAUUCACUUCUUUAAAACACCGUGAGAUAUCCAGUUUGUCUCAAACAAACUUCAGAUUAAUGUUAAGGUUCUUUUAUAAAGUUGAGUAUGUAUCUGAAUUUUGCUGUCCUGAUGAAAAAUAUUCAACAUCCUUAUUCGUUGACGCGCUUGCCGAGUUUACGGACGCGGAAACAGUAUUUACUGGAACCGUUCGCAUAUGUUUAUAUCUGCAGUAAAUAUUUCAUUAGUCGAUGUGUCAGAUUCAGGAAAAGAUGUAAUUGUAGAACUUUAUGAUUCUACAAACCCGCAAGGGUACUUAUCAAAAAACUUGCGACAAACAAUGUUAAUCGCAGAUAAACCGUAAUGCAGUACGAAGAAGAAGGACCAGCUAUGAAAUUCGAAUCGUUUGCAAAACUCCUUUAUACCGAUAUACAAGGAUUCAAGUGAAGUGGCCGAUGCCGAGGAUUUAUCUUGUGCCUUUACUAAUACAAUGCGUUAAAAAGCGUUCCUCUCUAUCUCCCCCUCUUUAUCUAGCUUCAGCGAAUCCGUCAUCGCCAUGUUUAAAGAAUUGGACACCGAUGGCUCCAACAAAGUCAGCGCUGCAGAGUUGGCUGCUAUGUUACGCGAAGUCGGCAGCAAAUUGGAUUCCAAAGCCGUCGAAAGAUUAGUUAAAAAGUUUGAUGCCAACGGCGAUGGAGAACUCAGUCUUGAGGAACUCAAUGUCAUGAUGGAUGGCAUUUAA